AUGAAGCCGGUGGCUGGAACCGACGAAUGGCACAAGAUCCGCCGUGACAACCACAAGGAGGUUGAGCGCCGUCGCCGUGAGAACAUCAACUUGGGAAUCCGCGAGAUUUCUGGAUUGCUUCCAUUCCACGACAACAACAAAGCUGCUAUCCUCCAGCGCGCGGUGGAGUACAUCAAGCGCCUCAAGGAGAAUGAAAACAACAACAUCGAAAAGUGGACAUUGGAGAAGUUGUUGACAGACCAGGCGGUGGCCGAGUUGAGUCACUCCAACGAAAAAUUAAAGAAGGAAUUGGAGAAGGCCUACAAGGAGUUGGAGCACUGGAAGCGGGCCUGCCACCAGCAGAACGAGGAGAAGAAGUAG